ACUCGAGGACGUGCAUUUAAAACUACAACUUAUAGUUCUACACUCCUCUUCGGAAGUCCACACACAGCUCCAGAGAGAGAGAGAGAGAGAGAGAGAGAGCGUCCCGGCUCUGUGCUUUGGCAUCUGGAUUCUCUUGGGGGAGAAGAAGACGAAAGAACCAGGUAAGGACUGAUAAGAUGGUGGAAAUGAUGAUGAAGAACCAAACAUCACACCGGUGGUGGUUUGACAGCCACAACAGCUCAAGGCGCUCACCAUGGCUCCAAUCUACUCUUGCCGAACUAGAUGGGAAGACGACGGCCAUGCUAAAAUUGAUCGAAGAGGAUGCAGAUUCAUUUGCUCAACGAGCAGAGAUGUAUUACAAGAAGCGACCAGAGCUGAUCAGCAUGGUUGAAGAGUUUUACCGAGCUCACCGAUCAUUAGCUGAGCGAUAUGAUCAAUUGAAGUCUGACUCUAGCACUCGCCUCCUUACAACCUUGGGGUCUCCAUUUUCUUCCACUAAAGAUCGACUGGAGAAGUUACCAAGUAUGAUGGAUCAAACGGAUGAUGGCUACUCUGAGACUUGUGACCCUGAGGAGUCUGUUGAGUCUGAAGUUGAUGAUCCUGAACCAGAUUAUGAAACUGAAGUUGAUCAAGAAAUAAAGGCAGAGGCCAUUCCAAGUGGGGUCAGUAAUGAUGAAGUGAAGAAGUUGAGGGAAGAGAUAGAAAGACUUAAAGAAGAGAACAGAAUUCAACAAGAUCUACUAGUGCAGAAAGAUGAAGAGAAGAGAGAAGUAAUAAGGCAGCUGAGCUUGGCAGUGGAUGUGCUUAAGGAUGAAAAUGUGAAACUGAGGAAGUAUCUUGCUAGAGACUCCCCCAACCCAAAGAAACGGGCUCCUUUUGAGUUCAACAUAUUUAAGGGGGCAUUUCUGGGGAAGUUGUUUAAUGGGCCUCCGAAGGUUAGUGUUGUUGCUUUGUAGAAGUGGGUAUAUUCUGGUGAAUAGGGUAGUCUGUAGCACAGUCUAGAGAGAUGUCUAUAUUAAGGAAUUUCGCUUCGAACGCAACUCGGAAAGUUAAUCUAACGCUACUUUUUAAAGUAUCUUCCAUCAUUCUCUAUAUUCUUCCUCAGACGAGUCAUUACCUGUAAUUCAAUUUUUUAUAUUCUUCCUUCUA